GAGGGGCCAAUAACUGCUGUUCCGACGCCAUUCAUUCGUGACACUCUUGGCUAAAAAACAACAGGGCUCGGUCGGAUUCAGAAAGUAAUUCGUGUUUGUUUUGAUCCAUUUAAGAAGAUUUGUGCGUGUUGGCGCUGUUUCUCAGAGUUCUGGAUGAACUAACCCGGAGGUAGAGACUAAUUCAGCGGCCCGGAUUAGCUUGUAUGCUAACCACCGGACGUUACUGGACAAUCCUGCGGCUGUCAAGCAGCCAAACCGGGACGUUUCUGGGUCUGUUUCGGCGGUAACCAUGGGUGAGGUGGAGCUCUCCUGCCUGGCUUAUGUGAAGAUGUACCUGCACUCCUGCCUCUUCCCCCGCUGCAGCGUCAACGGGCUGCUGCUCUCUUCCAGCUCGGCAGGGGGCGCUGUUUGCGUGACCGACUGCGUGCCGCUGCUCCACUCUCACCUGCCUCUGGCUCCCAUCACGCAGCUGGCCCUCACACAGGUGGAUGUUUGGUGCUCUCAGACUCAGCAGAGGAUAGUUGGAUAUUACCAAGCCAACGCCUGCGCGUCCGACUGCAGCCCGACGCCCUGCGCUCUGAAGAUAGCCGACAAGAUCGCCGAGCAGUUUGAAAACGCCGUCCUGCUGAUGCUCGACGGCAGUAAGAUGGCGCCAGACGACCGGGUUCCUCCGAUCGUCAUGUACGAGCGCAAAGACUCCAAGUGGGUUCUGAAAGACAAACACACGAUCAUGCUGCGGCAGUGGGAGGAGACGCGGGACAUAGCCAGCCAGCUGCUGGAGUCGGGCGACCACGGCCUCUUGGUGGACUUCGACGGCCACCUGGAUGACAUCACGAAGGACUGGACCAAUCAGACGCUCAACGCCAAGAUAGCGGAGCUGUCCUCGCCGGCCAACGGCAGCAUCUGAGCCCGAGAGCGCCGACCCGAAAACCCGAACUCACUCACCGUCCGACACAAACACUCAGCCGACAGAGUCCAGGGAAAAGAUUUAUUGUUUCCCAACAGAACAGACAUGCAUAAAAUGACAUAUUUACACCUUGGUAGAUCUCUCCCCCACAGAAACGGACAACUUUUAACUACAAAUCCACCGUAAGAUCAUUUCUAACCACCGUCACCCGCCUCAUUUCUUCCUGUGCAGCAAAAUGUUCACCGUCAUCAGAAUGAUGGUGAUGCUGGUAGCUUUUCCUAAAAUAUACCUUUUUAAGUCACCUGGUUUGGUCAUAAUUGUUUCAUUAAAGUAUUUAACAUACAAAGUAA